CAGGCGGGCUCGUCCGGUCCGCCGGCCCGGCGCGAUGGCCGCUAGCAGGGGUCGUCCGCGCCGCGGCGCCGCGCCUAUAGUUAUGACGGUCGCCGCCGCGGCGCUGGCGCUGCGCGCAGUAGUCCGCCAGAGCCCGAGCGGGAGUGCACGCGGAGCCACCGCUGCCAGUCGCCCUCCAGACACCAGCACUGUGUGACUGAGUGCAGUUCAGGGUUUUCAAGAUGAGGUCCUUCUGUCUACUGCUCGGCGUCGCCAUCAUUCAAGGGGUGAUCGGCCAGGAUGACAUCUUCAGCGUAGUACCGAAGGCGUCGAACAUCGUGCCGGCUGGCGAGCAGGUGGUACUGGAGUGUGUCACCAGAGAACCUGGAACGUGCGCAUGGAAACUGGACGUGCCCGAGCUGGAGGGCACCGGAUUCCUCACUCAGACAGCGGCUAAUUUCCUGACCGCCAGCGGUCUGCGAGCGCGCGACGCGACCAGUCAAACCGACUGCACCAUUAUUAUCGAGAGCGUAGAGAGGCGUCACAGUGGCCACUACACGUGCUCCCCGUUCAUGAAUGGAGGCCAGAAGGACGCCCCGUCGGCUGAGGUCAUCGUGGCAGUGAAACCGGCCUCUGUCGCGUUCAUCGGCGAACAGGCCGAGACCACCGAGCUGACUGUCAGCUCCGUGGACACCGUCUCCGUCUCGUGCGAGGCCCGCGACUCGCGCCCCAGCGCCGAGCUGCACUGGUUCCUCGAGGGCAGUGAGCUGACUGACGGCGUGGUCUCCGAGGAGACCGAGGACCCAGAGACCCGCCUGGUGACCACCCGCUCCACCCUGACGCACCUGUUCGAGAGGCAGGAUGAGGGCGCCACGCUCAUCUGCCGGGCCAGCCACCCGGCCUACGAGGAGGAGGACAACAGGGAGGCCUCCCUCGGUGUGGUUGUCGAGUUCGCGCCCGUUCGUGCCGAGGGCUCCGACCUGGGCACUCUGUACGGCUUCACCGACGGCGAGGACAAGGACCUGACCAUCAACUUCACCGCGAACCCGAGGCCCUCGACGAUCCAGUGGUCGGUCGGGAACGACGCCUACCUCACCGCCGGAGAGCAGACGUUCGACGGACGCAUCAUCGCCGGCCCCCUGGAGGAGGUGGACCCCGCGAUGCACGAAUACUCUCUGCGCCUGACCUUCAGCCCCGUGGCGGCCGAGGACCACAACACCACCUUCACGCUCCGUCUGGAGAACAACCUCGGCGAGCAGGAGCUGCGGGUUCGCGUCGCGGCCGACGCACCGCCUCCGCCGGCCAUCAACGAGCCGCAGCCGGCCUCGGAAGGUAACGAGGAGUCCGCGGCCGCCGUGGAGGGAGACGCCGACUCUGAGGACUCCGUGGACAAUGCUGGCGUGAGUGGCGGUGCUAUCGGUGGAAUUAUCGUCGCCGUGAUCGUGCUUCUGGCUGUGAUCGCGCUCGUGGCCUUCGCCCGCAGCCGCGGAAAGUGGUGCUUCGCAGCCAAGUCGUCGGAUGCGGGAGCUGAAGCUAGUGAUACCGAGUCUGCUCACGAUGAAAAGACCGAUAAGCCCGAGGGGAAGGGUUUCAAACUGUCCAAUCUUUACUCCAGCCUGGUGACUAAGAAGAAGGAAGGCGACGUCGAGUCGGCUGCCAACAAGGAAGAGACCAAGGAGCUGACAGCCCCGGACGGCGAGGGCUCGCCCAAGCGCGAGAAGGGCGAGGUCGUCUACGCCGAGCUCGUGCUGAACAAGGACGGCGUCAAGACGGAGGUGCGCCCGAGCCCCGAGAAAACCGAGUACGCCACCAUCGUGGGCACGAAAACGCCCGAGGCAAAGGAGUGAGGAGAGACGACUAGAUCUUGCGAUAUGGAAGGCAGGGGAACGGCGAGGUUGUGGUUUUGGAUCUGAGAGGCGAGGGGGAGCACUGAUAUUUGAAGUCACUUCGUGGGGGUACAGGGAGUGGACCGAUUGUGCAGAAGUCGCGCUAGCUUGCGGAGGGUUUUGAGGGGUGCCGGGUGGGGUAAGUGGUGAAGUAAUUUCAGGGCGAGUGGGUCGAAGUUUCUGAGUGAGCGUGCUUCGUCUCCGAUUUUAGCCACCAGGAGGCGUAUAAGCUGGGACUGAAAGUCGCACGCAGGUGUGUCCUGACGCUGUGCUUAGCGGGGUUCUACAGCACCAAGGGGAUGCCAGUGGGGCUGCGCAGAGACACACCAUUGAUGUUGUUGCUUCAGGCGCGGGGUAGCAGCUUUCAAGACCUGACGUGUCCGCUUUCGGUGUGAGAGUUUGCGAGAUGUCUUACUGUGCCUUCUCUCUCGGAUGCUUAUUUUGUUUCAUCUUGAAAUGUUUUUCAGUACAAAUGUAGUUUUUGCACUGUUUGUGACUCUUUCUGAACUAUUCCUUUAGCUAUUUGCCUAGACUUUUCCUUUAGAUUGUGGUCUCAUUGGUUGGCCGAGAUAUUUGGAUUGCGAUAUGAGAUGCGAUAAGGUUUACGGAGUAUUCGCUUUGCUAACUAUGUGAAUGAACUUGAGUUAGCGUUGUAAAGCGAUGACAUGACAUUUCAACUACAUGUACUUUUGUAACCAGUUCCAGUCGUGCACUCGCUACAAGCAGAUCCAAACUGAUGCGCGAAUGAACGGUAGCUUUUUUGAACAGUGUCGUCAAUUUUUACACGUUCAUAUCGGCGCGGUGAGCCGUGCUACUACGCGUCCGAUGUGUUCCAUUUGUGACAUUGUGUUGGCUUUGUAUUGAUUUUGUCGCGGUGAGGCCUGAGCUGCUCCGCGCGGUUCCUUCGCCGCGGCGAACGCUGGCUGGCAGUGGGCUGUGACGCCACCGGCGCAGGGCAGGGCCACUCCGAGCCCUGGUGUACACCACACACUGGCACGCGGGUUGUGUUUGUUCUGUAGACGGUGAUUUUGUGUUCGUAGUCUGCACCGCACGCCGCGGACCCUCCCUAAGCUCUGGCCUCCCGUCAGGGCUGGGUUAUGUGCACAGGGGUAGGAGCAUGGAGCUACGGUCCGCAGGGCACCGCUGCAGUGCAGCGCGCGGUUAUAUAAUUUGACACUUUCAGGCCGGCUGGGCUGCGCUGUCAGGGCGACGACUGCUGCUUUGUAAGUUUUGUAACUCUUAAUACAUUUCUGAUGAUUGUGC